AUGACAUUCCCAUUCCCAUUCGAAAACGAAUCCUUCUACAUGCGUCCCCUCCUAAUAGUCGAAUCUGUUUUCGGGACAUUCUUCACAAUAUUGAUCUACCUCGUCAUCCCGAUAGUCGUGGCACUCGCCUUAAUCGCCGCCUGCGCCUUCUUAUUCUUCGCCAUACUUGCAGCGGUGUUUGGUAGGAAAGAUAUUGAAGUGAAAGAGAAGAAAGAGAAGGAGAGAGAACAGGAAAACAUUGAGAAGCAGGGAAAGACAGAUACAGAAAUAUCUACUUCGCUUCUGGCGUGUACGGGUGGCUCGGAUGAUACACUCGACUUGCAGAAACGUCUGGAGAUUGAGCUUGAACUUCUUGGUGAGAUGGUGGAUGCUAGACGGGAGAGACUGGCUGCUUUGAAUUUGAGGAAGAAGGAUUUGGGGGACGAGGGUUCGGAUUUGGAGGUUUUGGAGAAGAUAGAAUAG